AUGAUGAUGAUGAUGAUUUGAAGGCCCGUGCUUGUGUGCUGUGCACGCUCAGGUUGUUCGGAGGCAGCCGGUCCAAUGGACUCGCCUCUCGCAAGGAGCGGACCAAUCAGCAGCCGCCUGACUUGAAUAUUCAUGAGUACCAGAUUCAAACCUUCAGGGGAGUUUAUCUCGGUCCGCAGCAUCAUACCUGGGACUUUUCACGGAAACAAACUGCAUUUUCUUAUGAAUGGAAGGAGAAAAAAGCGGUUCGACUUAAAUUGGGAGCCCUCCCGGUUUGGAUUCAAACAACAAAAGCAGGAGAAGCAGGACGCGAGCCGCCGGAAGAGAUGACAAUGACCGCCAUCCCAGAAAGUCUGAACAGUCCCGCCUCAGGAAAAAGCGUUUUCAUGGAGUUCGGGCCCGCCGCCGGCCAGCAAAUGUCGCCGUCCUCCAUGUCCCACGGACAUUACCCCAUGCACUGUUUACAUUCGGCGGGCCACGGACAACACGACAGCUACAGCCCGGCCCCGAACUUCCCCCGAACACUGGCCUACCCUUACAUCAACACGGUGGCAAGCCAUUCCAACAGCCCGUACCUCAGCACGGUCCAAACGUACCAGAACAGCUCGGCCCUGCCUCAGACCCGCUUAGAGGAUCCAGCACCAGAAGCGGGCAAGAACACGGUGGUGGAGGGAGGAGAGGUUCGCUUCAACGGCAAAGGGAAAAAGAUCCGCAAGCCGAGGACCAUCUACUCCAGUUUACAACUUCAAGCUCUAAACAGGAGAUUUCAGCAAACGCAAUAUUUGGCCUUGCCGGAGAGAGCCGAACUCGCCGCUUCACUCGGGCUCACCCAAACACAGGUGAAGAUUUGGUUCCAAAACAAGCGAUCCAAGUUUAAGAAACUCAUGAAGCAAGGCGGAGGCACAAUUGACACAAAUACGCUCGCCGCAGGCCGAGGACUGUCCGGCGGUUCUCCGUGCACGGUGGCGUCCGUGUGGAGCGCGCCGUCCGCGGGGAAGACGUCGGUGAGCGCCGCCGCCGCCGGAGGCUCUUACAUCCCGGCCUACACGUCGUGGUACACCGGCGGAACGCACCAGGAGUCUAUGCAACAGGCCUCCCAGCUCAUGUGAACUCACGUCGGCUACAUGACGCCGGGACCCCCGGCGAUGUGAGAUGGGGGCGGCGGUGGAGCGUGGGCGUUUGCACCCCCACAAGUGGCCGCCUCAUACCGGAACCGGAUGAAGAAGGUGAUGGAGAUGAAGCGGAGAAUCAUGAAAGAGGAGAUGACCUCAUAUAUGAGCUGAAAUCUUUCACAACCGGAUUGUUUUGUUUCAUUUUCUGGCUGCUUUAUAUUUUUUAAUCACAUUUCUGAGAAAAAUGCUGUUUAAAAGUGUGGACAAUAUCACUUUUCGUUCCCCUAAAAGCCAAUUAUAAGUAUGUCUAAAACCAAACUUUAUUGAUUGAUCCACAUGUACAAACUCAAAUUGCUGUUUAUGUGUUCAUUAUUUAAGUUAAAUUAUUGAGAUUUGUUUUUAAUGUGUUUUGUUUAGACAACUUUAUGUUGUUAAUGCUGCACUAACGCGAGCAAAAGCUUUUUAUGUUACGUGACAAUAUGGAUAAAAGGACAAGCAGCUAAAAUUCGUCACUGUGUUUUGUAGAUACAUUUAAAAACCUGUUUUGUGCUUUACUGGCUGUGAAAGGUUUUAGGCUUGCUGUAUUCGUCCACAUGUGUUUUAGUCCACAUAGAAAAAGAUUUAGUUUUGUAUUGAACUCUUUAAUUUAUUGGCUCUAUAUGUAAAUACUGUGCACAUUUUCACAAAGCAGUAAAAUGAUUUAACUUAUGGGAAGAACCUUGUGUAUGUGUGUGAGUGAGCUGCAUAUUGAUUGCAAGGCGACACAAAGCGUGAUGACAACAAACACUCGCUGUAGCCGUAAAAUUAGGCUGAAAAGAUGAUUUAUGUUCAUAUUUGGUUGGCGGCCUUUUUCUGCUGCCGCUGCAGAUGUUGUCAAAGCACGACAAGGAAGGGAGUAUUGUUUUUUCCUCCCCAAUUUCAGUAUCCCCUCAUAAUGCGUCAUUUUAAAUUUGAGUUUAUCUUUAAACUGUUAAAAUCUGCUGCUAAAAGAUGAAGACACGAGAAAAAUUAGCUCAUGCUUUUUUGGAGUCCAUGGGUUAUGAAUAUAUUUUUGUCAGCUUUAUUUCUCCCUCACUAUAGUUUGUAAACUACACUUAGCAUACUAUCAAAGCCCAAAACAAUUAGCAGAAUGAUAAUAAUAGUGGUAAUCUAUACUUCCUCUAGAUUUUGGCUGAAUACACAA